GUCCGCUCCCUCCAAAUCUUGCGGAAAUGGCAAGCUCAAGCGGAUCUAGCCGUAGCCUGGGUAACCCACCCGACUAUUGGCGCCGCAAUAUGGAUUCGUCGUCGCCCAUCCCGUAUCGUGAAGGCCCACUGGAGUACUCACCAGCAGUUCUUUGCAAAUGCGGUGCAAAAGCUGCUCAGUUCAUCUCUUGGAGUAGUACGAACCCAGGUUUGAGGUAUCGGAAGUGCGCACGGGCUCGGGCUGGUGGUUGCGACUUUUUUAGUUGGGUCGAUCCGCCAACCGGUGGGUUCAUGAAGCAGCUUCUGCUAGAUUUGCACGAUGCAGUGAAGUACUGGUGUGGUGAGACUGCAGUAGCUGAAAGUCGAUUGGAAGAUGCAAGAGUGGAAAGUGCAAGAGUUCUGUAUGGUGUUACCCAGGAGAAUCAUAGACUGCGAGUUAUGGUAGCUGAAUUGCAGGUUGCAGGUGAAGCUAGGGCUCAGCUAGAGGCAAGGAUUAGGACACUGCAGAAGGAGAGGAGGUUCUUCAUAUGUGCUUUAGGUGGUGUGUGUGUUGGAUUUAUGGUUGUUUGCUUGAGGCUUUGGAGGAUGUAGGUCACUGUGGUUUAGUUCUAGUGUUUAUCAUGUCACCAUGUAUCAGAAUGUGGUGCCAUUGUGGUGUAUCAGACUAAUGUUGAGCAUAAUGCUCAGGACCAUGUUAUGCACAGCAUAAUGCUCAUGAUCAUGUAUCAGCUUUAUCCAAUGUUAUGAAUGUUUUAGUUUCAUGAAUUGA